AUGUUCGACUUGGUCCAAUCAAUGUCCGAACAGCGAGUGAUGGAAUCAGAACAGUGUUCCCGUCUUCACGAUAAAGCAAAACUAUCCCGCUCCCAAGAAACAGUCGAAGCUCGUCUUCGCCUUGCAGUUGCGGCUCUUUCAGAGUUAGGUGGUGGAUCCGUCGACAUGGAUCGUGUGAUGUCCUUGUCUAGAGCCCAAAUUGAUAAGCAGGUAGCCGCAUCGGUAUCGCUGAUGAGGGUUCGUGCUUCGAUUGACGAAAAUUUGGCCGGAGAUCAGACUCACCUGACGCAACUCGUUCAAAUGAUCGUUUGCCAAUUGGAGUCGUCUCGAACUGCUCAUAAAGUACUCGAGAAAAUCUGUGCGGAAUCACCUUCAAGCACCAAAAUCAUGAAGUUGUAUUGGGAGGGUGCUCAGAAUGCCGUAGAGGCUCUUGUGUCUGAUCACCUGGACAUUACUCCACUGGCUGUAAAAGAGCCGAUCGAUUCAAAGAAACCGCUAUUCCGGUUCGAUGCCACCGCUUUUGCCAGCGGAACAUCAACUACUGACCCGAGCUUGCAGAAAGUUCUACCGUCGUGUGAACGCGUAUUGGAACUCUGCCAAGAAGUGCAUGGCCUGAUUGUAUCUAUGGAUUUGUAUGCAGAUAGAUUUGCUGCCCUCUGGUUGCUCGUGCUUACCGAUUACAAUAAGAACGUCACGGAUAUGUAUGAGAGGACUACGAAGUCCCUAAGCGAAAUCGAUGGAGUUGCCUCGAGACGAAAAAUUAGUGCUGCAUGGGCUGCUGAUGAGGAUAUUUCGAGGCUACUCAUGAGCCUUCCCAAUUGGUUGAUGGCAGCCACAGAAGCAACUCCAAGUACUCCGAGUGUCCCGAACUUCGAAAGCGAAAAGGAUAUUCUUCAAAGAAAUGAACGAGAGUCCGAAAUAUUGAUUGGAAAUCUCGCCACUCAGAAGAAGAUUGAGCGUGCCGAGUUGUUGACUGAUAUGUCUGAUGUGAGAGCACUUGCAGCAUUGCACGAAAGCUUGCGGUGGUUUGCUUGCGAGGUACGCCGACUGAUCAACUCGCUUCCUCAACAUGUAAAGACAAAUCUGCGUGGAUGCAUGGUUCAGGUCCGAUACAAGGAUGGUCAAAUAACCGACAAUGAACCAGUACUGGAUGCAAUGGAGGACUGUAUAUGUCGUCUGGAUUCUAUCUCAGACACUUGUUUAUUG